AACAAUUCUUGGGCUUGAGUGCGGACGAAGCAUUUGCGAAUGCAAUUUUUCCCUGGUCUUAAUUUUGUACCCCACAAUAUCGACGAGAUUGAAAUCAAGCUGCCAGUCGACAUCCGAAAGCUGCCAGCUUUCGGAUCCGAGCCGUGUUCUCCCCGUGGAGACCUGGAAUUGCAAUCGUAGGUUGCAGAGCGAUGAAGCAGGUGCAGAGGAGAACGCUGGAUCGCUUUUCGUCAAGCACUUUGAAUUCAUGGAUAUCAGAGAGAUAGAGAGAGUGUCACUUGUUUCUGUGAAGAAUUUCUGCAAUGAUAUGUCACGGAAGAUCAGAAGACACGAGGUUCCGAUAAGAGGAACGGAGGCAGCUAAAAGCAUAGUCUGCAUUUUGUAGACGAAUUUUCCAAGCGGAUCACUGCUGAUAUAGCUACAUGCUUCUUUCAGCACCUUGAAUUGCUGGAAUCUAUUACUGCUCAGCAUAGUUGAGCUGGAGUUUAAGAAAGGCAAGUAUGAUACUUAGUAGAGCAGAGAUAAGGCUGAGGAGAUUGCUGGCUGCGGUUCCACAGCAGACGAACAAACACAAGCAGGUACAUUACGUCACCACAUUGAAGGAGCUUCUGGCCACUUUGAAGAAAGAAGCUGCACAAUCGAGCCAUUCCACUCUCAUUGAAGCUAAAGCAGAAGUCUAUUCUAGGUACAUUGAAGAAAUGAGUCACAAACUUGAUGCCUCCAGGAUGGAGGAUGUUUGGGAUUCCCUGGGCUCCGAGAGAGGUCCUGAAGGAAGUGAUCAGUGUUCAACCUCUAGUUGUGUGAAGGAGCUGGCUCAUGUGCCAUCAACUUCAGAUCUGCCAUUAUUUCCAUCAUGCCUAAAGAGGAAACAUUCACCUGAUCCUCAGCUACUCUUGAGUGGCGAGGUCGAAGAAUCAAACCUUGCAGACACCUUUGAGGCUGACAUUGCAAUGAAAAAGGUUCGUGUAGAUUUUAACGAAUACGAGGCUAAAAGUUCAGAGGAGCCUAUGCACCUGGAGCAGGAGGUCCAGAGUGUAGAAAAGUCAAGACAGGAAGUCAGUAGAAUCGAUGCAGCUGAAGUUUCAUAUGAGCCUCAAUCUCUGGAGUUGGAGGCUGAAAAUGCACUAAAGGCACGACAGGAAGAGGGUACAGAUAAAGUUGUUACCGAAACGUCGGCAAUUGUUAGAAAGCUGGAGUGCGAGAUUCCAGAUGUAGUAGAGUGGAGUUACACAGGGAGUAGAGAAGAAGAGGUUGAGCGUUUAGACAGUGAUUCUCGUUUGUACAUUAGUAAACACCAAAUAGAACAGGAAAAGUUAGUCAGUGAAAUGCUACUUCUGACGGAGCAUAUCAAGGAGAGCAGUCUCCUGCUAGGCAGUAGUUUACAUGUUACCGAGGAAUUAUUGGAUUCGUCAGAGAUGACUAUCAGGCACUGCCUCUCAGCCACGACAUCAGCAAACAUGAAAAUUGGGGAGCUUUUUACCCGCUCUCAGACACGAGAUUGCGGAUGCGUCACCUGGGUGAGUUUGUUCCUCAUGUACUUGACAUUUCUGACUAUGGUCGUCAUUAUUCGUCUCACUUGAAUCGGACACUCGACACAAUGAGCUGAUGUUUGUUUUGGAGGCAGUACCCUUUGCCGCCCCUUGAUCUGGAUUUGUUCCCGG